AUGAGCUCAAAAUGUCUACCUUUCGUACGAUCAGUAUGGGAAUCCUUCCGCGCAACCUCUGGCUUGGAACCUAGGCUACUUGAUAAUCUCCGCAUAACAACCGCCCAACCCGGAACCGUAACCUUCGAACUCGACAUUGAACAACAACACACGAACCGCCUCAAAAUCCUACACGGCGGCACAAUCGCCUCCAUGGUCGAUCUCGGCGGGUCCUUAGCCGUAGCAUCCCGCGGUCUGUUCGCGACAGGCGUAAGCACAGAUUUAAACGUCACGUACCUGAACUCCGGGGGGAAAAUCGGGGAGAAGAUCCGGGCCGAGGUGGUUUGUGAUAAGUUUGGGAAGACGUUGGCUUAUACGAGUAUAAGGUUUUUCAAUGAUAGGGAUGAAAUUGUGGCGAGGGGGAGUCAUACGAAGUAUGUGAGUUUUGCGUGGAAGGAUGAGAGGAAUAUUGUGGAGGAGUUGAGUGUGAGGGAGGAGGGGGGGAGGUAA